UCGGGUUUUUAGAGUUGCUGCAAGGAGAUCAAAUGUGGCGGCAAAAUGCUUUUCCGGUGAAAUUGAACUAUAACUCGUCAUUUCAUUAUGCUCUUUAUGUAUAAUACGUGCUAACGGAAAUUUUUUUUUCUUUUAAAUUUUUGGUUUCUGUUGUAUUCUUAGGGCAAUGAUGAUUCUGAUCAGAGCAUUUCUGAUGAGGACGAGUUAAAUGGCGAUUUGCGAGAGAAUUCUUUUUCUUUGACUACGCGAACAGAAAAAGAGCAAGGGUUGCUACUUCAAUCACGGCUGGAGAUACUUAGAGAAUCAGUCAAAUUUCUUUGUUGAGGAUGACGUUGAAAUGCCUGAUUUCCCCUACGAGGGUGGUUCAAUCUUGUCCCGAGGGAAGGAAUCUACAUGUCAUCCUGAUCAGGAAAUCAUCUCUGAUUCUGAGGAUGACUGUGGUUUUUCAAAACAUGCCACUAGCUCUGGUGCUAGAAAACUCCAGAAAGAUAGCAGUCUCAAUACUUAUAGAAAUGAAAUACAAGAUGGAGCAUGCACAUGGUCCAUGAUAAAUAAAGAAGCUGAGGCGCUAAUCCACUUGAAUGACGGUUGCUUCUCUUCAGCUUCCACGUUCUCCAAAGCCAACAAAUCUUAUAAAGGUGUCACAGGCAAAGUCAAGCCCAAAUUUUCUCUCCAUUUUAAGCUGCAUAAAGACGGCCUUCCUCAGCAUUUUAAUUUUAUGGAUGAAAAUAUUUCGUCAUCCAGUGCUCAUGGUGUGCCUGAACAAUUUGAACCAACUGAUGAUGGAACCGCAGAUAAUUCAGAUCUUGAGUUUCUUAAAGAUUAUCAUGGAGAAAAUGAUAAACAGUUGAAAUUUUUGCCUACUGAAAUGGAAGCUUUUGCGAAUAGGCUCAAUAAACAUACCAUGUCAGAGCUCUUAGAUGGCCUUCAGGAUAGGAAUGUUGUGCCAAGAAGAAAUUCUAAAAUGUCUGGAAGAACAAAAGAUAAGAGGACACAGCUCAUUGUGAAGAAAAGUUUGUUACAAUUGGGAAAGAGAAUCAUUAACAACGAAGAGCAGCCUGAGCUGGUAGUUUCUGGAUCAUCUGAUGAUGAGGCCAGUAUUCAACACAUAAAUCUUGCAAACCUGGCAAUGAAGAAGCAGACUAUGGCAGAUCAAUUUCAAGAAGCUUUAGCUGCUGCUUCUUUAAGCAAUGAAGGGGUCCAUGUCACAGCUGCUAAAUUGUCAGGAAAGUUGCAGCAGGUCAUGCAGAGUGAAAAGGAAAUGGAUGCUGAUUUUCUGAGAAGGAUACAAUUGGGACCGAGCACUAGUGAUGAGUCACAUUCUAUUGUUGUAAAGAUCCUUUCAAGAUACUUGGAUGCAAAGCUGAUAGUUUGUCGCUGCUCCUUUGGCAAGAAUAGAGAGGGAUUCCAGUUAGCAGAUAGCUCCCAAACAUUUGUUGAUGGAAGGGAAGGAACAAUUAUAUUUAGUCCCAAAGUUUGCAGCGAUGUUGAUCUUGAAGUUGGGAACUUAAUUUGUAUUCAUCCACCAUGGAAGGAGGUUCAACUGAUGCACAAUGAUGAGAAAAUUAUCUUAUCUACAUACUUCUCUCAUAUUUAAUAUGAACAGCUCAGGCUAGUCCAUCAAGAGAUCAAUAUUCGCUACAGUCCUUGGAUCGAAUCAUGUGUACGGUGGACAUUUGUAAAGAAUCAUCCUCAUGCUUCCAUCUUAAUCUCUUUCAUCUAAUGGAUGACGAGAGAUACGGCUACAUGGUACCAUGUGGUAGAGAAUUUUGAAGAUCUAAUUCUGGUUCAGGAAAAAGUUCAUGGCUGUGUUUCAUCCUGUUCAGGCGGAACACAAAUGCACGACUUGCCACCCUUAUAAUUAUGUAUAAUAUUUUAUCAAGAGAAUUAUUACUAUGAACUCUGAUUAUUAGUUUAUUGCUAAGCUGCUAUUUAAAAUAUUUCGUGAGAGAGACGGAACAUCACCGUAUAUGUCAUAUAAUGGAUCAUGAUUGAAAGGGAAAAUAAGAUAUUGAUUUGAGAAA